AUGAAUUUCCACGCUACGGAAGAAGAAUUGCAUAAGGCCAAUAUCAACAUCGAUGAUAAAGUUGUCAGAGUUUCUGGCGGCGGUUAUGUCGGCGUCUUGUCCGUAUAUCACGAGCUUCACUGCCUUGAAGCACUGAGAAGAUCGACAUUAAGGUCUCACUACUACCCUGGUAUGACAGACAAGGGGCUAGAUCAUGAGGAUCGCGUUGUCGAACAUCUCACCCACUGCAUUGAGUAUAUACGCAGGACCAUCAUGUGUCACGCUGAUGUGUCGGUAUACACUGCGGUCUGGAUUGCCGAUUCCCACGAGAAGCCUAACAAGGAUCUCAUUUCGGGAGGAGAGAGGGAAUGUGUGAACUGGGAUGCCAUUGACAAAUGGUCUCGAUCAAGAGCCCUGAAGAAAAAGGUAUACAAAGUGAAACCUGGGCCUUUCGAAAAGGACCUUCAUCCGAAUGAGAGCGAUGUACUAUGA